AUGUACACUAGUAAUCACAUUUUCCUUUCUGUGCUUUGUUUCUCCAUUCUUUUCCUCGUCCAUCAUGUAGUUGGUGGCACACCGGAGUCAUUGGUUUUGAGUUGUGGCUCAAAGGAUGGUGGCAAAGAUGCUGAUGAUCGGUUAUGGGAACCGGAUACCAAGUACCUCUCAGCAGAUGCUGGGAAAAACUCGAUUACAUCCACUGCUUCGUACCAAGACCCUUCAAUUCAAUCGCCUGUUCCUUACAUGGAUGCCAGGAUUUUCACAUCAGAAGUGUCCUACACAUUCCCUGUCAAAUCCAACACGCGUUAUUGGGUUCGAUUCCAUUUCUAUCCAUCUGUUUAUACUGAUCUCAACAUUGACGAUUCCUAUUUCUCAGUUAUUGCUGGUGGUGUUACUCUCCUUAAGAAUUUCAGUGCAUCCAUAACAGCACAAGCCCUCACACAAGCUUACCUUAUUAGAGAGUUUUCUCUUGCCCCUAUUGACUCUCCUGUUCUUAAUGUCACCUUCAAGCCCUCUGAUAGACAAAACGCAUUUGCGUUUAUCAAUGGAAUUGAGUUGAUACCGAUGCCUAACAUGUUUGAUUCGGCACUAAUGGUAGGUUUUUCUGAUCAAUCAUUCGAUGCCAAGACGGCGGACGCGCAAACAUUGUUUAGACUAAAUGUUGGUGGACAGUACAUUGCACCUGUAAAAGACUCUGGUGAUCUUGGAAGGGCUUGGUAUGAUGAUGUACCUUACAUAUUUGGUGGUUCGACCGGUGUCAAUCUUCAGGCGAGCGAUAAUUUUCAAAUCCAGUACAAAGAUUUGCCAGAGUAUUCAGCUCCUGUUAAUGUUUACAAGACAGCAAGAGCAAUAGGUCCAGACAGUGAUGUCAACAAGAAAACAAACCAGACAUGGUUGUUCCCGGUUGAUGCAAACUUCACCUACAUUGUGAGGCUACAUUUCUGCGAAUUCCAACUCUCGAAAAUCAAUCAAAGAGUUUUCAAUGUCUACAUCAACAAUCAGACAGCAGAGGGUGAGGUUGAUAUAAUUGCAAUGACAGGAGAAAAGGGAGUGCCAACGUAUAAAGAUUACGCAGUUUUUGUCAACGAAAGGCAAGGAGAUGAGGAGAUUCGCCUUGAAAUGAGUCCAUCAGAUACAACAAAGCCAGAAUAUUUUGAUAUGCAACUUAAUGGAUUAGAGAUAUUCAAGGUAAGUGAUGGCAGCAAAAACUUGGCAGGUCCUAAUCCUGUACCUUCUGAUAUGCUUCUUAAGUAUGAGCAUGACAAUCCAAAGAAAGAUUUUAAUGACUACAAGAAAUCUAAUGUGGGUGUGAUUGGUGGAGCUGCUGGUGGUGCAGCUGCAUUUGGUCUAGUGUGUGCUAUAUGUGUGGUCGUUUAUCAAAGAAAGAAGAGAAUCCUCGGGACGGAGUCUCAUACGUCUAGUUGGUUACCUGUCUAUGGUAAUUCCCACACAUCAGCAAGCAAAUCAGCAAUUUCUGGCAAGAGUAAUGCAAGCACUCACCUAUCAUCACUGGCUCAAGGCCUUUGUCGCCACUUCUCGUGGACGGAGAUGAAGCAGGCCACCAAGAACUUUGACGAGUCUAAUGUUAUCGGUGUCGGUGGCUUUGGGAAGGUGUACAAAGGAAUCAUUGAUGGAGGUGUCAAGGUUGCUAUUAAAAGAUCAAACCCACAAUCAGAACAAGGAGUCAAUGAGUUUCAAACAGAAAUCGAGAUGCUUUCAAAGUUAAGACACAAGCAUUUGGUGUCUCUGAUUGGGUUUUGUGAGGAAGACAAUGAAAUGUGCUUGGUCUAUGACUACAUGGCACUUGGUACCUUGAGAGAGCAUGUUUACAAUUGCAAGAAAUCACAUCUUUCAUGGAAGCAAAGGUUGGAGAUUUGCAUUGGAGCAGCAAGAGGACUACACUACCUUCACACUGGAGCUAAGUACACAAUCAUUCACAGAGAUGUCAAGACCACAAACAUUCUGUUGGAUGAGAAUUGGGUUGCUAAAGUAUCCGAUUUCGGGCUCUCGAAAACUGGUCCAAACAUGGAAAAUGGUCAUGUUAGUACUGUUGUGAAAGGAAGUUUUGGUUACUUGGACCCUGAAUACUUCAAGAGACAACAACUAACUGAGAAAUCUGAUGUCUACUCCUUUGGGGUUGUCCUGUUUGAGGUGUUAUGUGCAAGGCCUGCUCUCAAUCCUAGCCUUCCAAAGGAGCAAGUUAGUCUUGCCGAUUGGGCGCUUCAUUGUCAACGAAAGGGAACACUAGAGGACAUCAUUGAUACUCAUCUCAAGGGGAAGAUCACGCCAGAAUGCUUGAAGAAGUUUGCGGAUACAGCUGAGAAAUGCUUGUCUGAUCACGGAUUCGAUCGCCCUUCCAUGGGUGAUGUGUUGUGGAAUCUUGAGUUUUGUCUUCAAUUACAAGAUGACCCAGAUGGUUCUUCUAGACAUGGUGGCGAGGGAAGUAGCACCACAAACAAUACAAUGGCAAUGCAUUACAACAACCUUGGCCUUGACACAAAUGCAUGAUCCGAUGACUCUGGCGCUAUAUGGGAAAUCUUCUCCCAGAUUGUCAAUCCGAAAGGAACCCAUGAAUGACAAACAAAAUUAAAACAAUCAACCAGUUUGAAGGGUGAUCAUAUGUUGUUUGUAUUGUGUUGAGUACCUUCUAUUCCUUAAUCUGAU